UAUACAGAACUACACACCAAAGAUCGGGGAGUACAACUCGUAUGAGGCCAUCCGUAGGGCCUUCAAGGUGUGGCAGAAGGUGACCCCGCUGACUCGAUGAGAUCCCCUACCAGGAGAUCAAAUAUGGCCGCAGGAAGGAGCCUGACAUCAUGAUCUUCUUUGCCUCGGGUUUCCAUGGAGACAGCUCACCCUUCGAUGGCGAGGGCGGGUUCCUGGCCCACGCCUACUURCCUGGUCCUGGUAUGGGRGGUGAUACUCACUUUGACUCUGAUGAGCCGUGGACCAUCGGCAAUGGGAACUUGCAAGGGUCGCUGGUUCUGGAGGGUGCGGAGGAACAGGGUCCUGGARAACUACCCAAUGCCCAUUGGUCACUUCUGGAGGGGACUGCCUGGGGACAUCGAUGCAGCCUACGAYAGACACGAUGGGAAAUUUGUCUUCUUUAAAGGGAAUAAGUACUGGUUGUUCCGGGAGGCAAACCUGGAGCCUGGUUACCCCCAGGAGCUGACAGACUACGGCAGGGACAUCCCCUAUGACAAGAUAGAGACAGCCAUCUGGUGGGAACCAUCAGGUUUCACAUACUUCUUCAAAGGAGACUGGUACUGGCGCUUUAACGAACAGUCCCGUGCAGUCGACAAGGACUACCCCAAGCCAAUCAGUGUGUGGGGCUCUGCGGUCCCGUCCUCUCCCAAGGGGGCUUUCCUCAGCGAUGAUGGAGCUUAUACGUAUUUCUACAAGGGAUCCAAGUACUGGAAGUUUGACAACCACCGGAUGAAGAGUGAGCCGGGCUACCCUAAAUCCAUKCUGAGGGACUUCAUGGGCUGCAGUGUGGACCUGGACCCAGACAGAGACGGGGACACCGACGCAGGCCGCAAGGUCCCCGACGUGGAUCGCCCGCCCUUCAACCCUGAUGCAGGCCGGGACAAAGACAAGGACAAGGAGAAGGACAAGGAGCGGGACAAGGAUCGAGACCGCACCAACGAUGUAGACUAUACGGACGAGAGAGAAGAGGAGACCAACGAGGUGGACGUGGUGCUGAAGAUCGACGAGAGCGAGACGCGCACUAUGAACAUCAUCAUGGUGACAGUACCRCUGGUCCUGGUGCUGUGCAUCRUGGGACUGAUCUACGCCAUCAUCAACACACUGAAGAGGAAAGGAGCUCCCAAACUGCUGGUCCACUGCAAACGCUCCAUGCAGGACUGGGUGUGACCUCUGACCCACUUAAUAACCCCCCAUUUGAAUCCUAUCCUCAUUCCUCUAUCUUCUCAUCCAAAACAUGGUAGUAGAGACAUAAGUGCAAAUACAUACACACAUAUGCACACACACACUCACACACACAGCAAACAUAAACACACUCCUAACUCGUCCCCCUCCCAUGGUGCUCUCCCCAAUGACUUGUCUGUAGUCUAUUUAUAUCAGAACGUUUGCACAUUGUUUUUUGUUUUUGUUUGGUUCAUGUUGUGUGUGAGUCUUUUUUUCUAAACCAGGAAGUGUCUGCAUUAUUCUCUCUCUCUCCGCCCCGUUACAGGGGGUUUCUCUGAGAUAACUUCCAUCUGGUCCUUGGAUUAGCCUUUGAAAGGCAAACAGAGACAAAACAGAGCGAUAGAGAGAGACUGCAGCGCAGAAUGAAGGGAGUGAAGGAGGUUUGAUUCUGUGAAAAGCAGAGAGCCCCCCCCUCCCACUCCUCCUCCCUCCCUCCCAUCUCCUCCCUCACUCAGGACUCCUUCAGCUGAAGCAGGCCUACUGCAGGUCAGGUAUCAACASGAGAGAGAACAGUGUAAACAGUGUCACUUUUGAACUGCAACUCACCCAAUGCCUUCUAUUACCACACCUUCCAUGUUGAACAGCCACUAACUGAACUUUUGGUUUUCUCAUCUGUUUUUAAUUCAAGGGCACCAUGGAUGAUAUUUGAAAUGUUGUCCAUACUUUGUAGACAACUUUCACAAACGUUUGGGUUAUUCAACCUAACAUGGUCUCGUGGUGCCUUUUUCAUUUCGAACCUUGUUUCGGUCCUAUUAAACCGUGGCAAUGAGAGUUUGAGUUGUUAUGAUAGGGAAGGGUUGGAAAAGAAAGGUGCUUCUUUKCCCAAAAAUGUAAGACAAAGGCAAUUCACUGUGAAAGGACUUUAUUUGGGACUUGGGGGAGCAGUUGAGGUACCGAGGUAGGAGAGAGARGUGGUAUUGAAUGAAUAUCCACAAGGCAAAAACUGGUUGAAUCAAUGUUGUUUCCACGUCAUUCAAGGUGAUGAUGUUGAAACAACGUGGAAAACUGAUUGGAUUUGCAAAAAGUCAUCAACGUAAGGGAAUCUAAUUUUCUAAUUUUCCCACCAAACUUUUAACCUAAAUCCAAUCCAGCUAGCACAUUGGGAACGAAGCCAUACGUUUUUUAAACGUUCUGAGAAUGG